GGGGCGGGGCUGGCUGAGUGACGGGUUGCUACAGCCUAUGAGAGAGUGGGCGGGGCUGGUGGCUGAUCCCAUGCUCUAUACGGUGACCCGGAAACAGUGCCCCUUCCCUUCCUGUACACAGAGCUCCGCCCCCGGUCUCCUCCAGGGUUGCACAGUAGUAAAGAAGACAUCUGGUGAGUGUGAGACACCCAGCAGCCAUAGCCGUGUGUCACGUGGACUGAGCAGAACUAAGAGCCCCAUCACGGUGCCUCCACCUCACUCACUGAUACAUGAGAGGCACAGUGACCAGAAGAUCCUGGAACUCACCAACAAGAUCAUUCAGCUGCUGACUGGAGAGAUGGGUUCAGUAACAGAGAUACCCCAGAGAGAUGUCCCCGUCCUCUGUAUUCCCAGGAUUGUACAGAGUAGUAUCACAGGACCCCACAGGAGGAUCAGGUAGAACGUCUGUCUGAUAUUAAAACAGAUGAAAUAGAGGGAGAAGAGGAAAUGUAUGUGACUGAUAUAAAGGCAGAAUAUAUAGAGGGAGAAGAAGAGACGUAUGUGACUGAUAUAAAGGCAGAAGAUAUAGAGGGAGAAGAAGAGACGUAUGUGACUGAUAUAAAGGCAGAAGAUAUAGAGGGAGAAGAAGAGACGCAUGUGACUGAUAUAAAGGCAGACGAUAUAGAGGGAGAAGAAGAGACGUAUGUGACUGAUAUAAAGGCAGAAGAUAUAGAGGGAGAAGAAGAGACGUAUGUGACUGAUAUAAAGGCAGAAGAUAUAGAGGGAGAAGAAGAGACGUAUGUGAGGGGUGAUCAGCAGUGUAAGGAGGAGGAGAUCCCUACAGAUAUCAGCACAGCAGAUGGACACACAAGCAGGAAUAUCUCAGAAGGACAUCUAAUGUUAUCCCCGGAUUGUGACAUAAAAGAUAAUGACCGAAGACAGGAUUCUCCAGGAGAUAACCCCAUUACCCCAAUUAUACAUCCAGCUCUAUCAGCUGAUCCCUCUGAUCCUGGGAAAUGUUCUCCUGAUCACUCUGAUAUUGGUGUAUCUGUUACAGCACUGCCAGUAGAUACAGUGUUUCCGUGUUCUAUAGAUGCCAAAUGUUUUACACAGAACACAAAGCUUAUUACCCAACAGCCAGCUAAGGCAGGGGAGAGGCCAUUUCAAUGUUCUGAGUGUGGGAAAUGUUUUACAUACAAAUCAGCUUUUGUUACACAUCAGAGAACACACACAGGUGAGAAGCCAUUUCCAUGUUCUGACUGUGGAAAAUGUUUUGCAUGGAAAUCACAACUUGUUACACAUCAGCAAAGUCACACAGGUGAGAAACCAUUUCCAUGUUCUGAGUGUGGGAAAUGUUUUACAUGGAAAUCACAACUUGUUACACAUCAGCAAAGUCACACAGGUGAGAAACCAUUUCCAUGUUCUGAGUGUGGGAAAUGUUUUACAUGGAAAUCACAACUUGUUACACAUCAGCAAAGUCACACAGGUGAGAAGCCAUUUCCAUGCUCUGAGUGUGGGAAGGGUUUUGUACAGAAAUCAGAUCUUGUUAAACAUCAGAGAAGUCACACAGGUGAGAAGCCUUUUUCUUGCUCUGAGUGUGGGAAAUGUUUUGCACAGAAAUCAGAUCUUGUUAAACAUCAGCGAAGUCACACAGGUGAGAAUCCAUUUCCAUGCUCUGAGUGUGAUAAAGGUUUUGCACACACAUCAGCUCUGCUUAUACAUCACAGAAGUCACACUGGUGAGAAGCCAUUUCCAUGUUCUGAGUGUGGGAAAUGCUUUGCACAAAAAUCAGAUCUUGUUAAACAUCAGAGAAGUCACACAGGUGAGAAGCCUUUUUCUUGCUCUGAGUGUGGGAAAUGUUUUACACGGAAAUCACAACUUGUUAUACAUCAGAGAAGUCACACAGAUGAGAAUCCAUUUACAUUCCCUGAAUGUGGGAAAUGUUUUGUACACAAAUCAGAUCUUAUUAGUCACAACAGAAGUCACACAGGUGAGAGUCCAAUUACUUGCUCUGAGUGUGGGAAAUGUUUUACAUGGAAAUCACAACUUGUUAUACAUCAGAGAAGUCACACAGGUGAGAAGCCAUUUCCAUGUUCUGAGUGUGGGAAAUGUUUUGCAUACAAAUCAGAUCUUGUUAAACAUCAGAGAAGUCACACAGGUGCAAAGCCAUUUUCUUGCUCUGAGUGUGGGAAAUGUUUUACACAGAAAUUACAUCUUGUUAGACAUCAGAGAAGUCACACAGGUGAGAAUCCAUUUCCAUGCUCUGAGUGUGGGAAAUGUUUUUCACACAAAUCAGCUCUUGUUACACAUCACAGAAGUCACACAGGUGAGAAGCCUUUUUCUUGCUCAGAGUGUGGGAAAUGUUUUACACGGAAAUCACAACUUGUUAUACAUCACAGAAGUCACACAGGUGAGAAGCCAUUUCCAUGUUCUGAGUGUGGGAAAUGUUUUGCACAAAAAUCAGAUCUUGUUAAACAUCAGAGAAUUCACACAGGUGAGAAGCCAUUUCCAUGUUCUGAGUGUGGGAAAUGUUUUACACGGAAAUCACAACUUGUUACACAUCAGAGAAGUCACACAGGUGAGGAACCAUUUUAAUCUUCUGGAGUAUACUUAUCACUGCCAUGCGUUGUUCUUCAAGGUUCUUAUCCUAUCUCCUAUGCUUUUUGCAAUAAUAGAUGCUACCCUCAUCUACCACUGCUAUGCAGAUCUGUCUUUUGCUCCGGGUACUGAGAACCUAGUACCAAUCCUAAAUGUCUAGCUGAUCCCCAAGUGUGGGUGAUGCUAGUUGGCUGUGACUCAGUCCUGGUGAAACAGGUCCUUAUGAUAGAAGCUCACCAACAAAGGGCAGGGCUACAGCUCAAUUUGCGAACCAACCAGGCUUGCGCUUGGGGGUUCAGAGUUACAAAAUACUGAUAUGGGAGUCAUUCCGAUUUCAUUUGUUGCCAAUUUUCGCUAUGCUGCGAUUAGUUGCAAAUUGCGCAUGCGGAAGGCACGCAGGGCGCAUGCGCUUAGUUAUUUAACACAGAACUUAGCAGUUUUGCUGUGGCUUCUGCAGCGCUUUUCAGUCGCACUGGUGUUCGGUAAAUGAUUGACAGGAAAGGGGCGUUUAUGGGCGCAAGUCUGCGUUUUUCCGGCGCUUGCAAAAAAACGCAGACGUUUCAGGGAAAAACGCGGGCCGAACGCAGGGCGUGUUUGUGACAUCAAACCAGGAACUAAACAGACUGAGCUGAUCGCAAUUCGUGAGUAGGUCCGCAGCUACUCAGAAACUGCAAAGAAUUAUUUAGUAGCAAUUCUGCUACUCUUUUGUUUGCAAUUCUGCUAAGCUAAGAUACACUCCCAGAGGGCGGCGGCCUAGCGUGUGCAAUGCUGCUAAAAGCAGCUAGCGAGCGAACAACUCGGAAUGAGAGCCCAUGUGCGGAAUCUUGAUGUCCUGGGUGGUGGAGUGACACUUAGACAUCAGGUAUCAGCUACAAUCAGUUCCUCAUGUGUGGACCAUAGCCAAACUCCAGCACUUAUUUCCCCUCAGAAGAUCUACCUAGUCAUACAUGUACUUGUAUUAUCCCACUUUGGGGGUCAUUCCGACCUGAUCGCUCACUGCAGUUUGUCGCAGCGAUCGGGUCGGAACUGCGCUGGCGCAUGCCAGUCAUCGUUGCCUAGCAAUCGGCUCUGAGACAGGGAGGGGGCUGGACGGUGGCCAACGCAGGCGUGGCUGGACCGUUGGGGGUGCGGGCCAUGGCGGCAGUGAAGAACAACUCCCGGCCAGCCGCAGGAGCUGCACUGGUUGGGAGUUACUCCAGAAAUAUAAAAGCAUCGCCGCUGUGUAAUGCUUUUGUAUUUGGUGGGGGAGGCACUGACCUGCAGGGCGGACUAGCCCUGUGCUGGGUGUUUCCCCCGCAUGUCAGGGAAGAUGAUUGUAGCUACGAUCAACUCAGAUAGCUCAUAUGUAUCGCUCAUCUUAAGAGAACUGUCAGAUAUUAGUGUGCACAUAUUUAUAACACACAUUAUUCUGCUGAAGGGAUCUGUAUAGGCAAACGAUCUACACUUGGUGAUCAUAUGGUUACUUUAUCAGACCCUAAUUAAAGGACCACUGAUAAUUACGGCACCUCUAUUAAUGUGGAAAGUAAUGUCACUCUGAGCUACAUAUUCGGGUGGAAAGUGAAGAACCUGUUCAGUUAUAACAGACCACAGCAGCCAAUCUAGCUGCAGAGUGCCGGUCAUAUACCUGACCCUGAGCGAUACAUAUGGGUGAAAAGUGAACAAAUUGAUCAGUCAUAAAAGAUCACAGUAACCGGCUGAAUAUAACUUAGCCGCAGAGUACCUAUUGUAUGUCUGACCACAGCCCAACAUUUAUCUAUACACACCCUAUACACAUAUCUAUGUGUGACUGAUUUUUGGAAAUCUAAGUGAUUCAUAACAAAUCAAAGAACAUAGAAACAAUAUAUCAGAUCCUUCAAGAUUGCAACAUAUGUUCUAGUUAUAGAAUCCGGGCUCUGUGCCAGAAACACAUUUUUUCAAACAUUGAAGUGCUAGAAAUAUUCCUCUAAACAUUGAGGCUAUUAUUUGAACACAAUUGUAUCCAUGUGGAAUACAAACGUGGAAGAAUAUUGAUAGAUAAAAACAGGGACUUAACAGAACAGACACCAAACAGACGCUCAGUUUUUUUAAAUCUAUGUUUAUUGUCUUUCUCUAUAAUUCACAGUGUUGUUAUACUUUCACAUAUUUGUUAUUUGUGGUUUUAAUAUUUCGCAUAUUAGCUACUCAGUAGAAUAUGCUACAAUAUAGUGUCAAAUCCAAAUUUUAACGGAAACAAUUAAAAGUUAUAUUUUAAA